AUGGGAUACUGGGCUGGUGUGAUUCUUCUGGGGAUGACCUCAAAGGCCUGGACCGUUCUGCAGAGAGGCUCCCAAUCGAAAGGUCCUUUGGAAAGCCUGUGCCACGCCUUUCGAACGCAUGUUAUCUUGCCGGCCACUUUCGCGCCGGUCUCCUCAAAGCACCAGGCACUCUGGUACUCGCACGCCAUUCCAAAACGGGUUGACUCUUUCAUUGUGUUGGGUUUCUGGGUCGUGACCAUUGUCUUGAGUUGCGUGCAAUACGAUAGCUUUACGGGAAACAUCCAGACCCCAAGUCUUUACCAGCAAAACUGGCAGUAUACCUCAGAUCGCACUGGUAUCCUAUCAUACGCCUGUCUUCCUUUUUUGUGGCUUUUCAGUGGCCGAAACAACGUCUUCUUGUGGGCAACGAAUUUUACUAACCAGUCCUUUAUUACUUUCCACCGCCAUACUGCGUGGGCAUGCACUAUUCUUGCCGUGGUACACUCAAUCAAUUACAGUGUCGUCUUUGCGGUCUAUGAUGGCAGAUACUGGAGCGUUUGGGUUCAGGAAUAUUGGUAUAUGGGCGUUGUGGCAACUAUCCUUAUGUGUUUCAUGCUUAUGCAAUCGAUGACUUGGUUCCGUCACCACUCAUAUGAGUUCUUCUUGGCUAUCCAUAUUAUAUUUGCAGUUGUUGUACUUGUCGGUCUUUUCAUGCAUACUAGCUUCGAUGGGCAAGAAUUUGUUGGGUAUUUGUGGGCGCCUGCGGGACUGUGGAUAUUUGAUCGACUUGUCCGUCUGUUCCGCGUCGUCUACUGCAACAUGAACGAAAAUCACCCCUUCUCACUCGGUGCUUGGACGGCUGCCUCUGAAAGCAAGGCUGAAGGUAGCCUUCCGAGUGCAACUCAGAAUAAGCUCAUCUUCUACGUCCGCCCUUAUGAUGGCUGGACCCGCCGCCUUCGUGAUCAAGCUUCCAAGGCAAACGGCAUUUUCCAGCCAAAGCUUCUUCUUGAGGGGCCAUAUGGCCACACUGAGCCUUUGCACCGCUUUGACACAAACCUGAUGAUUGUUGGAGGCACCGGUAUUGCCGCCGCGAUCCCCUACCUUCUGUCCCAUUUGGAACGCGUCAAGACAAGCCAGACCAAAACAAACAAGAUCCAUCUUAUUUGGGCCAUUCGUGAACGGGCCAUGUGGAGCCAUGUCUUCACGGAUGAUUUGAAGCAUCUCUUGCAAAGCAGCGACAUUACAAUAACAGUCUAUUGCACCAAGCUUGGUCCAUCGAUCGAAGAUUCGAGCUCGCAAAGUGCACUCUCCGAUGUGACCACGACACCGAAGGAGAAAUUGUCGGUAAUAAUCGCCACUCCACCCAAUUCGCCCACUCAUAGUGGAUUGCGUUUCCUACCUGGUCGCCCCAGUGUGCGCCAACUCUUCAUGACUGAGGUGGAAGAAUGCAAGGCUAGCUCUUCAAGCCUCGGUGUCCUUACUUCUGGACCUGCUCAGAUGGCUGACGAGUGUCGAUCAUCGGUUUACGACGCCAUGAAACAUGGAUUCCACCAUAUUGAUUACUUUGAGGAAGCAUUUGGUUGGUGA